GACACACUGAGUGUGGAUGCAUCCGUGAGCCUCUCCCCCCUCCCCCCCGCCGCGCGGAGAUGAGGCUAUCCCACUCGCUACUUUAACUCCCCCGCCUACCACCGAUCGCGUUUCCAAUUUCGAUAUCUUUCCCUCCUUUGAUCUCUUAUCUUCCAUUCUUCAAUUCUGGUGUUUUCCGACCGUCCACCCCUUCCGAUCAACUCGAGAUGGGUCUCUUUGCUGGUCAUGAGCCUGCCGACCAGGCCGAAUUGGACAAUUUCGGCGUCGAUUGGGUCAUUCACUACUCAUUCGAAGAUCUCGAAAUCUCGCAGGCCAUCUCCGAGUUCCGAACCUUGAUCCACGACCUGGAGGAAGCGCAUCUGCAGGUUCAGGUUCGCCAUGGUUACGGCCCCUCCCUGCUGGUCUUCAUCCGCGUUCCCCCCGAUCUCCUGGGGAACAUGGUCUACAAAUCUCGUGUCAAGGAUUGGCUACACGGCAUUAUUCAUGAAUUCCCCGCAGGCGACGAUCAUACCGUGGUCGAGUCGGAGACCGCCGCGGAAGCUCUCCGGUCGGUCUAUCAUGCGGUGACUUGGCAAAAACACUUGGGAGGGGCUGGAAUCACUCCCAAAUUAGGCCAGUGGAAGAACAUUCAGGCGGCCAUCCCUCUCCAAGACCGCGCCGCUAAUGCCGAACUCUUGCGCAAAUGGAGUAAGACGCUCAAUUUGACCGCCGAAGAUCUGGACGCUAUCCGGGCGCUGUUUGGUGAAAAGGUCGCGUUCUAUUUUGCCUUCAUCCAUUGCUAUUCCACUUUCCUCGUCUUCCCUGCUGUCUGGGGUGUUUUCUGCUGGUUCUACCUGGGCCCCUACUCUAUCACCUGUGCACUCGUCAACUGCCUCUGGUGCAUUGUUUUCGUAGAGUAUUGGAAGACUCGCGAGAUUGACCUGAGCUUGCGAUGGAACGUCCGGGAUGUCGGAAUCCUCAAGGUCAACCGACCGGAGUGGGUGUGGGAUAAGGAGGUCCAAAAUCCCGUCACAGGCGAAACAGUGAAGGUGUUUUCCACCCAGAAACAAUUCACCCGGCAGCUGCUUUUGAUCCCCUUUGCGACCGUAGCAGCUCUGGCUCUGGGCAGCUUGAUUGUUUUGUCCUUCGCCUCGGAAGUUUUGGUUUCCGAGAUAUAUACUGGUCCAUUUAAGGGCUACUUGGAGUUCCUUCCGACCGUCUUGUUCUCCCUCUCGUUGCCCUGGAUCACCAACACCCUUACCGGGUUUGCCAAGCAGUUGACCGACUACGAAAAUUACCGUACCCAGGAUCAGUACGAUGUCGCCCAGACUUCGAAAACUUUUGUCAUGCACUUCAUCACCGCCUUCCUGCCCACCUUGCUGACUGCAUUUGUCUACGUGCCUUUUGGCACGAAGCUGGUCCCCUAUCUGGACGUCUUCCGCACUUACGGCCUUAUGUCGGCCAACCUUGCCAAGGAAAUUCAUAUUGAUCCGGCUCGCCUGCAGCAGGAGGUCAUCUACUUGUCUGCGACCGCCCAAUUACUCAAUUUUGGGGAGGAGAUCGUGCUCCCCUACGUCAAGCAGACCCUCAUGCACAAAUGGCGUACUUACCGAGAUGGUCGCGACGCCGCUCGCAUGCCUCGUCGCCACUCUCAACGGACUGAUCUGUUACUUGUGGAUGCACCUGAGGAGGCAGCGUUCCUUGCGCGUGUCCGCGAUGAGGUAGAGGCGGACGAAUACAACGUCCAUGACGAUACCCUGGAGAUGUGUGUUCAGUUUGGAUAUUUGGCCCUAUUUGGAGUGGCCUGGCCCUUGGUGCCACUAGGAUUUUUGGCCAACAACUGGCUGGAGCUGCGGGGUGACUUCUUCAAGCUCAGUCAGGAAUGCCAGCGACCUCCGCCAAUCCGGGCCGACUCGAUCGGACCCUCGCUGCAGGGACUGGAAGUACUGGCCUGGCUGGGAACUCUUUCCACGGCCGCAGUCGUUUAUCUCUAUCGUAAUGGCAUGGAGGGGGUGCAGCUGUCCUCUUUCCUGCUGACUCUGCUCUUGGCUGAGUGGGCGUAUCUCGGCGUCCGGUUUGUGGUUCAGACUGGGAUGGACAGGAUUAGCUCUGCAACCCUCAAACGGGAAGAGGCCAAGCGGUACGGCAUGCGCAAGCGUUAUCUAGAGGCCACGUCGGGCAAUGUUUCCCCGCGGGGUAAGCCGCGAGUCCGGUUCGAGGACAAGGUCAGUGUGUACACCUCUGGUACCGAUGUGAGUACCAGUAAGGAAGGGCUUCUGCAGCCGGGACAAGACGGAAUGCACCAUGGACGUCAAUUCUGGUCCUGGGCACCCCAAGAGGCUGCUGAUGCCGGUGUGCGGAUGAUCAAGGCGCUGAAUACCACCAUGGACGGGUCGAGAACCGGACCGACCAAGUUGGCCAAGGGCGCGUAGACUUGUAGUUCCAGCCAUUCGUUCUAAUUCACGA